AUGAGGACGGCGUUCCUUUUUGGUCGCCAAUGCUUUCGCCCAGGCCUCCCCAAACUCACAGCCCGCGCAUUCACGCGUCCGUCGACCAACCCAUCUCGCCUCCGCCGUCAAUUCGCAACUCCAAAGUUCAGCGGUCGAACGUUACUAUGGUCGGGUGCAGCAACCGGAGCUGCGGGUGGCGCGAUACUCAGUCCACUUGCAUUUGUCCAAGUCGCCAAUGACCAGUCGGGUGAUGGAGAGAAGACGCAUGAAGAGGCCAUGCUGGAGGCGUCGCGGAAGGAGCUGAAGGAGCAGGUGCCUCAUGCGCUGAGGAACUCUGCAAAAUAUAGGCGAGGCAUAUACUUCUUUAUCGAGGACUACAUAAUCGAGCCCAUAGCCACCGGAUUCCGCUUUCUCCAUUUGGUCAUCAUCUUCGUGCCAGUCAUAGUAACGAUACCCGCGAUAUGGCUAGGAUCACGACAACCUGAUAGAGACAACGAGCGGACCGGGACACUGUGGUGGUAUGGGUUUCUGGUUGGAUCCAUGGAGAGGGCUGGGGCUGCCUUUAUCAAGCUUGGGCAAUGGGCCGCCUCCCGAACAGACGUCUUUCCAACUGAGAUGUGUCUUAUUAUGUCGACCCUCCAUUCCAACGCCCCGGCGCACACUUUGCAGACAUCGAAGCGAACGAUUGAGGCGGCAUUUGACGGACAAAGCUUCGACGACAUCUUUGAGGAAUUUGACGAGAAACCACUGGGUGUAGGCGCUAUUGCGCAGGUAUACAAGGCAAAGUUGAAGCCACACCUUGCGACGCUAGAGGAUAACACAAUCGAUCGGAAGCAAGCCAACCUGGCGAGACGGAUCAAGAAGAACGUCGACGUAACGCUGAAGAGCUCGCCCUCGAGAGUGCCAUCGAGCCAUGUUGCCAUCAAGGUUUUGCAUCCCAACAUCGAGAAGAUAGUGCGGAGAGACUUGCGCAUAAUGGGCUUCUUCGCGGCCGUCAUCAACGCUAUACCCACCAUGGAGUGGCUGUCGUUCCCCGACGAAGUAGAGCAGUUUGGUGAGAUGAUGAGACUGCAACUAGAUCUGCGCAUCGAGGCUGCGAACCUCACCCUCUUCCGACAAAACUUCAAAGACCGAACGACAGCCUGGUUUCCCUAUCCUUACACAGAAUACACUACGCGCAACGUGCUAAUCGAGGAGUUUGCCCAGGGUAUUCCCAUGGAAGACUUUUUACAAAACGGAGGUGGAGUAUUCCAAAAGGACAUUGCAGAUGAAGGGCUAGAUGCAUUCCUUACCAUGGUCCUCAUUGAUAACUUCAUCCAUGCCGACUUACAUCCAGGAAACAUAAUGGUCCGAUUUUACAAGCCCGAGCAACUAGACGUCUCAAUCUUCACCAGGAAGGAAGAUCGAACGACCGGCCCCAAAGAGUCGCUCGAUGUUACCGAGGAGGUGCUUGAGCGUCUGCGACCACACAAGAAGGAUCCACAGCAGUGGAAAGCGAAGUUGCAGGAAAUCGACAACGAAGGAUAUCGGCCACAGCUAAUCUUCAUCGACACAGGCUUGGUAACGGAGCUAAAUGGAAAGAAUCGCGCCAACUUUCUUGAUCUCUUCAAGGCUGUGGCCGAGUUCGAUGGUUACAAAGCAGGACAUUUGAUGGUAGAGAGGUGCAGACAGCCAGAUGCAGUGCUCGACGGAGAGGUUUUUGCUUUGCGCAUGCAGCACUUGGUUUUGGGAGUCAAGAGCCGUACUUUCGCUCUUGGCAACAUCAAGAUCGGAGAUAUCCUGAACGAGGUCCUCUCUAUGGUACGAACGCAUCACGUACGCCUUGAAGGCGACUUCGUGAAUGUUGUUCUCAGCAUUCUUCUCUUGGAAGGAAUUGGAAGGAGUCUGAACCCAAACCUGGAUCUCUUUGCAGGUGCUCUGCCAAUACUGCGACAGCUCGGUGCGCAAAGCGGUUCUUCCAUGAUUCGUGGAGGAGACUUUUCGAUGCUCAAGGUCUGGGUUGGUCUUGAGGCGCGCAGCUUCUUGCAAGCCUCAAUUGAUACGGUAUAA